CUGUCAGUCAUCUUUGACCACACCCUCUCAUAAUGCAGCAUGGGGGAAAGAAUGUAACAAAAUGAAGGAACUGUAGCCAGAGUGUACUUAUCGUCGUUUUCGGAUGAUUGAACAUAAGUGAUGCUCAAACGAUGCCUAUAGUGGACAAGCUCAAGGAGGCCCUGAAGCCCGGCCGGAAGGACUCCUCGGCGGGCGACGAGGGCGACCUCAACAAGCUGCUGGCCUCCUCGGCCAAGAAGGUCCUGCUGCAGAAAAUUGAGUUUGAGCCGGCCAGCAAAGGCUUCUCCUACCAGCUGGACAGCCUCAAGACCAAGUAUGUGAUCCUCAACCCCCGCAGCAGUGAGGGGGCCGCAUCGGGGCAGAGGGCCAGCACAGAGCCCGCUCAGAUCAAGAGGCAAGUUUCAGACAACCAAGGUGGGGGCCAGAGUGAUGGGAUCCCUGCCCCGCAGAAGAUGCUCUUCCCUGGGAACAGACUCUCAAUGCGUUGGGAGCGUGUCUACCGGGUGGGAGCUGGCCUCCACAACCUUGGCAACACCUGCUUCCUCAACUCCACUGUGCAGUGUCUCACCUACACACCGCCCCUGGCAAACUAUCUACUCUCCAAGGAGCACAGUCGUGCCUGUCACCAGUCGGGUUUCUGUAUGAUUUGUGUAAUGCAGAACCACAUCAUCCAAGCCUUUGCCAACACGGGCAAUGCCAUCAAGCCUGUCUCCUUCAUCCGAGACCUAAAAAAAAUUGCCAGGCACUUUCGGUUCGGAAGCCAGGAAGACGCCCAUGAAUUUUUACGCUACACCAUCGAUGCCAUGCAGAAAGCCUGUCUGAACGGCUACCCCAAGUUAGACCGGACGACACAGGCCACCACAUUGGUCCACCAGAUCUUUGGAGGUUACCUCAGGUCGCGAGUUAAGUGUUCCAUUUGCAAAAGUGUGUCGGACACGUACGACCCUUACUUGGACAUUGCUGUGGAGAUUCGACAAGCAGCAAACAUCGUCCGAGCCCUGGAGCUCUUUGUCAAGCCCGACGUGUUGAGUGGAGAGAACGCCUACAUGUGUGGCAAGUGUAAGAAGAAAGUUCCGGCAACAAAGCGAUUCACAGUCCAUCGAACGUCCAAUGUUCUGACCCUGUCUCUCAAGAGGUUUGCCAACUUCAGUGGAGGAAAAAUCACCAAGGACGUUGGCUACCCAGAGUUCCUGAACAUCCGCCCCUACAUGUCUCAGAGCACGGGGGACCCGGUCAUGUACGGCCUCUAUGCUGUCCUGGUGCAUUCUGGGUACAGCUGUCACGCUGGCCACUACUACUGCUAUGUCAAGGCCAGCAACGGGCAAUGGUACCAGAUGAAUGACUCGAUGGUCCAUUCCAGUAACAUCAAAGUAGUCCUCAAUCAGCAAGCCUAUGUCCUAUUCUACCUGAGGAUCCCAGAGACCAAGAAGAACGUGGACGGCCAGAUCACCAAGCAGGGAAUGGGGAAGAACGUAGCGACGUCAGAACAGUUCAGGAAAACCAACCUCAACAGGCCCCUCUCCUCUCCGCAGGUCACCAAGGUAUGGGACAGGCUGGCAGAACGGUCCAUCAUCAGAACGUUUGAAAGCAAUACGAAACUGGACCCUUUCCAGCUGCGUAAGAUCCAGUCUGUGGAUGGCGGCCUGGGCAUACCCGUGUCUAGGAAUGGCUCCCAGCAGCCCAACAGGAUGUCCAACGGGACGUCGUCCGCUGCCCACGCCCCCCCCAGGCUAGCAGGCGGACCCACGCUGAUCGAGGAGCCCUUCAAGAAGCUGAAGAAGCCCUGUCCCCCUCAGCAGCCCCAGGCGCGCAGCAGCACCCCUGCCCCCUCCUCCAACGGCGUGGGCAGCAGGUCGGACGGAGGAGACAGGAGGCACGGGAACCAAGGGGGCAGGGGCCUGGCCGCAUCUACCUCACUCAAGUCCCUGUCGGACUCCUCCUCGGCAGACACCUCCGACUCAAAGGAUUCCAUGGGUACCAAAAGUGCACCGGUCGGUGGGACGUCCACCCCCCCUAGGAACGGCAUGGCCUCCCCCGCCAAGAGUUUUGAGCCCGUGGGCACAGAGGAGCAGAAGACGGUCAAGCUAAAACCCCACGCCCUCAUCAACAUCACGUCUUCACCCACCAGCACCACGUCUCCCCCACCCGCCAAAAAACUGGCCCUCUCGGCCAAGAAGGCCAGUCGCAGCCGGAGUCCGAGCAGCACUGAGGCUCAACACCCCCACCUGCCACGCCAUCCAUCCAGUGACCGCACGCAUCCUGCUCAACUUAACACCCUCACCUCCACCUCACCCACUCACAGUCACAGGGUUGGUCCGUUCCAUUCACCCAAACUGCAAUCUCCUCCUGCAGCCCACCAUGUCCACUCAGGCAUCCCAUCUAAGAAUCAGAGUCCACAGAAACUAAACUCCACCCUCUCUCCACAAACCAAUGGGCUUCAGCCCCACCUUCCAAAGAGCCCCAAACCUGACAAGACCCUCAGCUCCAGUCUGUCAGAGCCUGGCCCAAGCAGCGCCGCCACCACCUUAAAGAAAAAGAAGAAGACAAAGAAACGGCGUCAUUCUGAACUGGAAGGCGGAGAGCGAGAGCCAGCACUGGCCUCCGUUGUCCCAGACAUCCCCGCUGAGCCCGAGCCGAUCGAACCGGCCAGCGAGAGGAAGAGGAGGAAAAGGAGAAAGAAGAGGAAGAGGGAGGAGGUGGAUGGAGAUACAUCAGAGAACCACAGGGAAAGGGUCCAAUCUCAUCUGGAGGCUCCUCCGCCGGCCCAAGAGGAGGACUGGUGUCAGGGGGGAUCAUGGAACCUCAGCCCCCCUGACAAAGGAGCCCUGGAACAACCAAAGCAACCCCAUCCCCAGCCUGAACCCCAGCCAGAGAGUAAGCUCCAGUUGGUUCCAAUGGAGCACCAGUGUGAUGCGAAUCAAGGAGAGCAGAGUAUGCACACUCUGACGAUGAUGAAGAGGAGGAGGAAGAGGAAAAGGAGGAGAUUUGAGGAGGGACCGGAGGAAGCAACAUCAACACAUUCUGUUUCAGAAAGAAGUUCUGGGAUGCAGGACACGGUUGUUGAAAACGGUGCUGGGGAUUCUACUGCGCCAAAGAAGUUAAAGAAGAAGCGCAGGCUAAAAGAAGAGGUGAAACAGUGGGAGGAAAGCAGACGUUGUUGCGCUGACGACCAGAGGAGCGACACGGAACCAGUGGAGCCCCUUCUUAAGAAGGCCACCGUGGAAAACACUGCUGGAGUGAUCGUGUGGGACAGCCAGGUUAAGGAUGGCUACAAGCGCUCCAAGGCCCCAGCAGCAGAAGCAGUAGAGGAUGGGCCUGGGGAUGUGCCCCGCCCAGCCCCCAUGGCCUGGGACGGCAAGAGGAGUGGGGGAGUGGUGGAGGAGCUCCUGAAGAACUCUUUGGACAAAGCCUACGGAACCCAAGUCCUCAGCUGGGAGGGAGAGGCGUCUGCCAUCAGUAGGGAUGCCAUUGAUGACACCCGUGAUGCCAGAACAGACACCGUGAUCGACGAGUGGGACGAGGACUUUGACAGUGGAAAGGUGAAAAAAAUGAAAAAGUAUAAGCGAGAGAAGAGGAGGAGCGGCAAUAUCUUCCAGAAGAUCCAGGACCGGCGUAGCAUGUGGUCGGUCACACCCGGUGCUAAGAAGACCGGCUUUGGAUACCGUCACUGAGAGACAGACAGACAGAAUGGAUGUUUGGCCACAUACAGUACAACCGAACCGGAGUGACGACACGUGACACCACUGUAACAAUGUUACUCCCUUUUGACUGUUUGGCAGUUCAUACCCUGAUUGCAAUACGAGAGACCAUGGCCAGUUGACAGAACAACACACCUCUCGGCGAGAGAUAAUGACCAUCUUUGAUCUGUGCUAGUCUCUUCACUAUAGAUCUUACAGCUCAAGUCUUCCUUCGAUGACUGAGAGUCUGGUGACCAACACGAGCUGUGAUGUUACCAUCGUCAGCCAGGGUUCAGAAACAAUGAGUUGACUGUUGAUUCUACACCGUUGUCUAAGAUGGGUAUAAAAAAUAUUGUUCACAGUCAAUGGUGCUCAAGCUGCUCAUGGAAUAUGAUGGAUUUACCAUACUGUGAUGAUGCUGAGCUUCCGUCUGUGGUAAUAACAUGACACCGUAUGUAAUGUUAUGAAUUCAGAACAAGUCAUGUUAUGAAUUCUCAUAUUUGGACAUUUUACAUGGUUGGGCUACAAGAGGGGACGGUUCUGGGAUUUUCUAGCCUGUAUCAAAGGAUGUGGCAUGCACCAUAUAGCAUUUAUCUGUGUGAAAGGAUGAGGUGAGAUUUCAUAUAAUGUAUGCUAGAUAACCCUUACCCAUCAGCUAAAUGUAUUGAAACCUAUGAGGGAGACACUUGGGUUGUGUUCAGGUGGGUGAAACGUUCAGAACUUUGAAUUAUAGUAAUGUAUAGAGCUGAAAUGACUUCCUAUAGAGAAUCAUUCUGUUCUACACAAUGUAUUUAUAUCUGAACAUUCUAAAACGUUGCAACCAGUGAUUUUAGUGUUUAAAAAAAAUAGGUGGGUAAACGCUGAUCGCCGUUCCUGCUGAGUAAAGCAACGCUCCCUAUACGUUCAAUGCAUUUUUCCGCAAAUGGUGGGAAAGCGCUCGGGCAAAAUACAAAAACAUGCGUAAAAGGGAUUUACAUGCGUUUACCCUCCACUACACCACUGGUUACAACCCCUGUACUGUACUGUGGUGCUGUUGCAGACUUAGGGAUCUGCAGACUGGGCAAUCUGCAGGAGAGUGAGCCAAUAGAGGUGAAUGCUAUGAAAACUGUUGUUCUCGUGACUCAAAUGGCCUAUUCUGUAUGUGAAGACGUGUGGUGACCAUCUCGCGCUCGUCACCAUCACCAAGUCACCUUUUAAAAGAUACAAAACGUGAACAGGACCCCAAAUCGUGAAACCAUGAUAACUGAUUUGCUUUAAUCCCAUCCUCUGUUUUAGAUUAGGUUUGAAUUAUAAUUUUAUGGUUUUAUGUUUUCUUAUUCUGUUUUAUUUCUUCACCAUAAUGCCUUCUUGGUAUGUUCAACAGGACUUGAUAAAACUGACCCACUGUGGCUGCUGCUGACAUAUUUACAUAUUCUGAUUGUACUGUUAUUUUAGAAGCAUGAAUUUGGAGGGGGGAAAUUCACAUACCUGUCCCAAGCAGACAAAAGGCCUCCAUCUUUAGUUUAAUCUUCUUGAUUAUUUUGUGCAUGAUGGUGGUAUUUGAAGUUUCCUAUAUCAGUAUAUUCAGUUCUGUUUAUUUUGAUUUUGUUAUUUUUUGGGAGGGUGAAUUUAAUUUUAAGGCUCUGAAGAUAAUGUAAUUUGGUAGAUGUGUCAGAAUAGAAAAUGUCGUGGUCGAUUAACACCAAGUGAUGCUGGAAUAUGAAUUGCCCCUACAUCAGCCAAUUGCAAAGUACAUAGGAGGAUGUCUCUAUCCCAAGGUCAAGUUGGGGACUGCAAGGCUUUGCCCGUUUGUAACACCAUAUAAUCCACGUUUAAUGUAUUAGACAUAUCAUUGUUUCAUCUGCUUUCUAAUCCAUUUGCUCUCCUUUCUGGUAAAUAGUUCCAUCUAUAGUAGGUCUCUAGUGAGGACUAUGCUCUUCAAGCCUAGACAUCUACAGUAGGUCUCUAGUGAGGACUAUGUUCUUCAAGCCUAGACAUCUACAGUAGGUCUCUAGUGGAGUUAAUUGCUCAUCUCUUCUGCUUGUUAUUCCCAAAAAGUAAAGUCCCUGGUCUCUAACUAAAAGUUGGGUUAGUGACCAUCGUUUAGCAAUGUUCCAUCACCAGUGGAGUUCAUCUUUGUGUUGUGCAUCAUGUGUUUUCUGAAUGAAUUUCGUGCCUCAAUAUGAACCAACAGUAAUUUGUUUGUGUGUUCUAGCCCAGAUAAAGAGUUAAAUGUAGGCUGGUCCCAGAUCUGUUUGUGCGGUCUGGCCAACUCCUGUGGUCAUUGUCAAAGUUGGCAGUACAGCACAAACCUCUGGGGCCAGGCUAGAUUACAUACGUUGCCCCAGGCAUUGUUAGUUUGAAGUUGAUGUAUAUGCUAUCAGUACUUGAUCGUUGUCCCAAUCUGAACUCUCUCUAUGCAAUUCUCAGACACAGUCCAUCUAACUGGUCACCUGGAGCUGAGCGUGUGUAACCUCAGGAAACCAGCCAUCCUCCAACCUUACAACCCUCAUCAUGUCCAAACAACCUUCUAGCCAAGUCCACGUUUUCAUUACACACCACCACCAUUUUUAUCCUGUAGAUACUGUUUUAUACAAGUAUAUUUGGCGGAGGGUUUGGGGUAGAAAACUUGGGAUCUUCCACUUAUCUGGGCACAGAUUGAUAAAUAGAUCAUAAAUGAUAUUAGUCGUUAAACAAAACCACUUUGCCAAUGUAGAAGAUGGUACAGUCCACCUCAUGUUUCCCAUGCUUUCCCCGUCAUCCCUGUGUAGACCUAGCCUCGUACAAACCAUCCUGAUCUGAUUCGCUACACGGAAACAGAAUGCAAGCUCGCGAGAUCAGGAUGGUUCGUACGACGCUAGUAUAGACCUAGCCACCCAUUGACUUUCAUUCUAGAGAUGUCGGCUUAAAGAGUAUAGGUAAUUGAUUAUGUUAAAUAAUUUAUAUACACUUUUCACAUCUUUAAUGUGCUAUAAAAAAUAGACGGACGAAAUCUGUUGUAUUUGGGUUGGUGGGGGAUUGUGAAACUUAAAAUAAUUUAUUGCAGAUGGAUGUUAGUUAAUAUGUGCGUGUGAGAGAGAUGUUUGUUUCAUACGAUGAGACCUUGUUACUGUAGUGUCAUACAGUACGAGAGAGGUGUCAUCACCAGUUCCAUUGAAUGUGUUUAAUGUUGACUGUGAAAUUAACUUUAGGACAUGUUCGAUUCUCAAGGAAACUGACACGAGGACAUUCUAUUGGUGUGACUGAUCCACGUCAUAUUUGCAUUGAUGGUUCUAUAUUUUGCACCGCCUUUUCAGACCAAGGAGAGACAUUUCAUAAUGAAAGUGACUCUUACCAAAAUGGAUAAUAAUGUAAUUAGAUAUACAGGUGCAAUAAAGUUAAGACUUUUUGUGAGAA